UUUGUUGACUCUCUCUAAGGCGACAACCAGAAAUUAAGGCCGACGAGAGGAACAGAUAGCGAGAUAGAGAGAGAGAGAGAUUGGGACAAUGGCGGCGACGCUUACAGGAGCAGGAACUGUGCUAGGAUUUUCGCGUUCCUCCAAGGUCUCGACGAGAGCUUCUCCCUCCUCGUCGUCCCGGUGCAACCGGUGCUGCGUCAAAAUGUCGGUCUCCUUGGAAGAGAAGAAGAAGAAUUUCUCUCUUCAGAAGUCCAAAGAAGCUUUCGAUGCCGCCAAGAAUUUGAUGCCUGGAGGUGUAAACUCCCCUGUCCGUGCCUUCAAAUCCGUCGGCGGACAGCCUAUUUUGAUUGAUUCUGUGAAGGGCUCUCGGAUGUGGGACAUUGAUGGAAAUGAGUAUAUCGACUACGUUGGAUCUUGGGGACCAGCCAUAAUUGGCCAUGCUGAUGAUGAGGUUCUUGCAGCUCUGUCAGAGACAAUGAAGAAAGGAACAAGCUUUGGUGCACCUUGUCUGUUAGAGAAUGUUCUGGCGGAGAUGGUGAUAUCAGCUGUCCCGAGCAUUGAAAUGGUUCGAUUUGUCAACUCGGGUACUGAAGCAUGUAUGGGUGUUCUCCGGCUCGCUCGUGCAUUCACUGGCAAAGAAAAGUUCAUCAAGUUCGAGGGAUGCUACCAUGGCCAUGCCAAUGCUUUCCUUGUCAAAGCAGGCAGUGGGGUGGCCACCUUAGGCCUACCUGACUCGCCAGGUGUCCCUAAAGCAGCUACUUCGGAUACAUUGACAGCCCCAUACAAUGAUAUUUCGGCUGUUGAAAAGCUCUUUGAGGCUAAUAAAGGCGAGAUUGCUGCCAUCAUUCUAGAACCGGUUGUUGGUAACUCUGGCUUCAUCCCUCCUAAACCCGAGUUCAUCAAUGGUCUGCGCCAGAUCACCAAGGACAAUGGUGCCCUUCUCAUCUUUGAUGAAGUCAUGACGGGUUUUCGUUUGGCUUAUGGUGGAGCUCAAGAAUACUUCGGCAUCACACCUGACCUGACAACUCUUGGGAAAAUCAUCGGUGGCGGUCUUCCUGUGGGAGCCUACGGUGGAAGACGGGAUAUUAUGGAAAUGGUAGCACCUGCUGGACCGAUGUAUCAAGCCGGGACCCUGAGCGGAAACCCGCUGGCAAUGACAGCUGGAAUUUACACACUUAAGCGGCUGAGGCAACCGGGAACGUAUGAAUACUUAGACAAAAUCACAAAGGAACUUAUCCAUGGAAUCCUAGAAGCCGGGAAGAAAACAGGACACGCAAUGUGUGGGGGAUACAUAAGCGGAAUGUUCGGGUUCUUCUUCACGGAAGGACCUGUCCACAACUUCUCGGACGCGAAGAAGAGCGACACCGAGAAGUUUGGAAGGUUCUUCAGGGGAAUGUUGGAAGAAGGCGUGUACUUUGCACCUUCUCAGUUCGAAGCUGGGUUCAUGAGCUUGGCCCACACACCCGAAGACAUCGAAUUCACGAUCUCGGCCGCCGAGAAGGUCCUCAGCCGGAUCUAGAACCAUGUGAGGCUUCUUGCUCUUGCUCUCUGCCCGAGUUUCUUUUGAUCAUGGCUGAUGUGUUUUUUUUUUAUGUUGCAUGUUUGGAUCAGAUGAGAACCCUUGUGUAGGGAGUUCAUAUUUGUCCGUAGCCAGACAUUUUUGUAUGAUAUAUAUAUGUGAUUAAUCUGUACUGUAAUAGUUUUUGGGGAUUUUUGACAUUUGGUUUAAUCGGAAAACAACGUAUUUUUCAUAGUUA